AUGAUUGAAUUGGUGGAUGAAUGGAUGGGACUGGACUGGAUGGAUGGUUGGAUAAUGAUGAUUAUGAUGGUGAUGAUGAUGAUGACGAUGACGGCAAAAGUACGAGAAAGGGAUAAGGAGUGGUUGUGUGGUAAAUGCUAUAGCUAUAGUGGCGGUGGCAGUGGUAGUGGUAGUGGCAACGGCAACAGCAUUGGCAAUGGCGAUAGCAGUAGUGGUAUGGAAAAGGGGAUGGGAUGGGGGGCAAAGGAGGCUGAGAGCGAAAAGGAGUGGAAGGAGGGUCGGCCAUUGAAUGUCCAGUCGAUGUGCACUAUGUGUUUGCUUGUUUCUGUGUCUGUCUGGUGGCGGUGA